AUAUUACCCAAUCAAUUUACAAAAGUAAAAAAUGAGGAGAUUUUUGAAACAUGUAUGGUGGAUAAUGUAUUGCUCUCACUAGAAGAGAAAAAGUUUCAGACUUGAGGCAGAUAGAAAGAAAGAAAGAAAGAAAGAAAGAAAGAAAGAAAGAAAUGAAGACUCUUUUAGAAGUGAGAAGGGUCUUUAGCCCUGUCAAUUCUCCACACCCAUUUCUCAAUAAGUCUCCAUUUGAUCAUCAUGGUAGAGGGAGAAAGUCAGUAGUUUCAGUUUUCAGAAGUUCUCUUCCUGGAGAGGAUGCUUUACAAAUGUUUUUAAGGGAUAGACAAUUGAAUGGUGACUUUGUAAGUAAAGCUUCUGAUAUUAUUUGGAGAAGAGAUGAAUUGAAAUUCAUUGAUCUUGAAGAUAAUGUGUUUGAUGAAAAUUCUCAACAAAUGCAAUUACAGGAGGUCAUGGAAACUGAGAAUGACGGUGGAUUUUUGAAGCUGACUAAAACCCUCGAAUGGGUGUCUGGUGAUGAAACUGCGCCAGUCAAUAGGAAACAAACUUUUAAGGAAAUACAAGAUGAUCGUGAAAGAAGGAAGAAACUUAACCUUCUACAGUAUGAUGCUAUUAAGAAAGAGUUGACCCUCUUAACUGCUGCAGUUGGAACUUUCUGCACUGGAUAUUGUUUAGUGGUCUUCUCUAUACAGGCUGCUAUAAGUUAUGCAACGGGAGUUCUUUUCAGUUUUUUGUAUCUCCAGCUGUUGUAUUUCCAUGUUGACAACCUGACGAGGGAAGCAGUCCCACAGAUUUUCAGGCAGAAGAAAGUAAAGAAAAUUGGGAUAAGAAGUGAGGACUUGCAGAACUUCUUUGAAACAACGCUAAAUGGUAGUGGCUUUGUUCUUUCAUCGCCAAGGCUUGUGAUCCCUGCUGCAAUUUAUGGACUUUGGGGGCUGUCUACUCAUUUUUCCAAUGAUCUUUUUAGUUUUCAGCUUGUUCCAGCGAUGUUUGGGUUAUUUGCAUACAAGGCUGCUGCUCUGGUUCAAGUUUACAGAGACAAUGAAGACUUGAAGUUGAUCUUUCCAGGUGGCGAUGAAUAUUCAAAUGAGUGAACAGUAGUCCCCCUCGUGUUCACUGCUGCACCUUUAAGUUUUAAGCAGUGCAUGCAGUGACUCAAAUUUUGGCGGAUGGCCCAUACAGCGGUUGCAGAUGUUAUUCAGAUUGUUAUCAACAAUUGCUGUUGUUUAUCCAUUUGUGUGCCACCCAUAGUGGUUAUGUAUAAUCAGCCGAAUAAAUUGUUAUGUACUUAAUAGUGUCUAUGAAAGAGUUAUAUCGACCCUUUCGUCUUG